GUGCGCGUGUGCAGCAGUUAGCUGUCUGUCAGAAAACAACACAGCGGCACGCGCUCCGUCAGAACACAGACAGCAAAGCAGACGGCACAGAGUUAGCUCCUCAGUUAUUUGCUGGUAAAUAUGUUUAUAUAAAAUUCGGCAAAAUGGACUGGUGUACCGGCGAACUAACGUGAGAGAACAUCCUCAAACUGACCGAACCGGGCGUUGAACUUGGAAAGGAGACCGUGGAAAGGAGGAUGGUCUGAAGUCUCGUGUUUACUUUCGCUGUUGACAUUUGUACACAGUGUGUAUGUUUGACAGCUGUGCGUAACAGUAGAUACAUUUGCACCGCACCGCGACUUCUGCAACUUGACAACGGACUUAGUCUGUGCUGAAUAUGAGAGGACAUCAUGACUGCUGUUCGCGGAAAUGUUUCUCAAGCGGCAGGUGCUUCGGAACCUAAAGAUUCGUCUUGCACUAGCGAACUGACCCGCACGUGGCUGCAGUUCGCGAAGACCUUCGUUAUUAUCUUCCCCAUAUAUGUCCUGGGUUAUUUCGAGUUCAGCUUUAGCUGGCUUUUGAUUGCACUUACUAUAUUUUUCUUUUGGAGGAGAAACACGAGUUGUAAGAACACGAGGCUGAACAGAGCCCUCUCCUUGUUUGAGCAAGAGGACACUGUUAAACAGGAGCUGGAGGCAACUGAGUUACCAUCAUGGGUUCAUUAUCCAGAUGUGGAGAGAGUUGAGUGGAUAAAUAAGACAGUGAAACAGAUGUGGCCUUAUGUGUGUCAGUUUGUGGAGAAGCUGUUUAAAAAAACAAUUGAGCCAGCCAUAAAAGAAGCCAAUGCCCACCUCAGCACGUUCAGCUUCAGCAAAAUUGAUCUUGGAGAUAAGCCUCUCAGGAUCAAUGGGGUCAAAAUUUAUACUGAGAAUGUGGACAAACGGCAGAUCAUCAUGGACUUCCAGAUCAGCUAUGUUGGAAAUACUGAAAUCGAUGUGGAUGUGAAAAGGUACUACUGUAGAGCAGGGAUCAAAAGUAUACAGCUACAUGGAGUGCUUCGGGUAAUUCUUGAACCACUUUUGGGGAACAUGCCGCUGGUUGGGGCUCUUUCUCUCUUCUUCCUAAAGAAACCACUAUUAGACAUAAACUGGACUGGCCUCACAAACAUAUUGGACAUUCCAGGGCUAAAUGGCUUCUCAGACCACAUGAUUCAGGAUAUUAUCAGCAGUUACAUGGUGCUGCCCAACAGAAUCACUGUACCACUGAUAGGUGAGGUCGAACUGGCACAACUCCGCUUCCCCAUGCCAAAGGGAGUUCUUAGGAUUCAUUUUCUAGAAGCUCAGAAUCUGGAAGUCAAGGACACGUAUCUGGGUGGGCUGAUCAAAGGCAAGUCUGACCCAUAUGGCAUGCUGCUGGUCUGUAACCAGCUCUUCAGAAGCAAGACCAUCAAAGAAUGUCUGCACCCCAAAUGGAACGAGGUGUAUGAGGCACUAGUAUAUGAACAUUCAGGACAAAAUCUGGAAAUUGAGCUAUUCGAUGAAGACCCAGAUAAAGAUGACUUCUUGGGCAGUCUAAUGAUUGACUUGAGUGAGCUCCAUAAGGAACAGAAGGUUGAUGAGUGGUUUGACUUGGAAGAAGUUACUACUGGCAAGCUUCAUCUGAGAUUAGAAUGGCUGUCAUUGUACCCAAGUUCUGAAAAACUAGAUCAAGUUCUGAAGAACAUAAGGGCUAAUGACAGUCUCUCUUCAGCUCUGCUAGUUGUUUACCUGGACUCUGCCAGUAAUUUGCCGACCAAUCCUCUUGACUUUAACCCUGAUGGCCACAAACCCCCUUAUAAAAGCCUGAAGUCUGGCAAGAACGUGAGCACAGAUCCAAACCCUUUUGUCAAACUGACUGUAGGGCAAACGACUCACACAAGCAAGGUGAGGUAUAAAACAAGUGAGCCGCUGUGGGAGGAGACAUUUUCCUUCCUUAUCAACAACCCCCGCACUCAGGAACUGGAAGUUGAGGUGAGGAAUGGUAAGCGCAAAUGCUCUCUGGGUAGUGUGCGAGUGGCACUUAGUUCUCUCCUGACGGAGGUGGACAUGACGCUGAAUCAGCAGUUCCCCCUGCAGAACUCCGGCCCCAGCAGCACCCUCAAACUUAAGAUUGCUCUCAGGGUCCUCUGUUUGGAGAAGGAGGUCUCGACCAGCCAGCCAUCAUCUGUCCGACACACUAGUCAGAAUAACACUUCUGUCUCCUCGCAACCUCAAACAGCCACUGACACAGUCAUCCAGCCACCACAUAGCCCAUCACCUACCACUCCACCGGACACCCCGCAAUGGAAAAGAGGGUCGGAUGGCUCCCCGGUGCAGUUAGGAGAGGCAGGACGCAGUAUCUCCUGUCUGGGGAUCAGUAGCUCGCACAAGCAUCAGUUUCACAGAGAUUCAAUGCACAGCCUGGCCUCUGACAUUUCACUGCCUUGUGCCACACUCGAACUGCAACAAAGAUUACAGCAGCUACAAAAUGGCUCUGGACUGAGCCAAUAUCCACUUGGUGAAGUCCAGCUCACUAUUCGACACAGCUCACAAAGGAACAAACUCAUUGUAGUGGUUCAUGCCUGUCGAAACCUCAUCGCACUGACCAAAGAUGGCUCAGACCCCUAUAUCCGGCUGUACCUGUUGCCAGACAAGAGCCGGAGUGGCCGCAGAAAAACCAGUACUCUCAAGAAGACGCUCAACCCUAUCUAUGACCAAUCCUUUGAGUUUAGUGUGUCUAUAGUGGAGCUGCACAGGAGGACUCUGGACAUUGCUGUAAAGAACGGAGGAGGACUGCUGUCCAAACACAAAGUGCUGCUGGGCAAGGCACUUGUGGAUUUGGCAAGUGAAGACAUUUCUAAAGGAUGGACUCGAUGGUAUAAUCUGACUGAGGAUGGAUCAAAGAAACUAAUUCCGAUGUAGCGAUCCAUACAAGAAAGCAGGAUAGAGUAUGAGGAUGGAACAGUGAAUAACUGGGGCAUGUCAGAGCCAAGGCCCACACAGGAUAAUCUAUAGCACAGAGGAAGCAUUGCUUUGCAGGAGAGCAGUGUUUGGCUAACUAAACCAGGCUACUUCUACUGGGAUUUACAUUGGCCCACAAAGUGACUCUCUCAUUCACAGCAAAGCCUAAAAGUGUCACCUAAGUGGCGCUGAUUAUUCUCAUUUACUCAUAGGAAUAAAUCAAGAGAAUUUGUUUUGUUUAUCCGUUUAUUCUCUCUCUCUCUUAUUUGUGUUUGCUGCACAUUGAACAUAUUGUUUCACUUUUCUCUCUCAAUGAUUCUUAAAUGCUACAGAUUACAGAUGAUUUGGGUUCCUUUCUGUGAACAUGAAUAAAUGAAUACAUAAUAUUAUUUUGAUAAUAUUUUUAGUUUUAGAAUGUUUGGGUUUUGUACUACUUGUAAAAUGUUGUCAAAUUGGGAAAAAUAUAUAUUUUUCGUUCUGUUGUCGGAAGUGAUGUAAUAGACUUGAAUCAUAUUAUAAUACAUGGCCGGAGAGGUGGUUUAGGGUCACAUAGGGUCACAUGUGGGUCGCAAAUGAAACAGACAUGUAUGUAUGUAUGUAUGUAUGUAUAUAUGAAAAACAAUUCUCCUGAUAUUUUAUGUUGCUGUGAUUUUAACUUCUAAGUUGGUGUACUUUGGUUAUCUACCACUUACAGUCAUUUAAUUCUAAGUUAAACUUUAUUUUAAAAAUAUUUCACUGUUUCCUGUGGCACAGAACACAGAAAUAAAAAAGUCUGUAUAGAAACAGUUUAAUAUCUAUUUUGUUUGCAAGAGUUACAUUAGAUUGUAAUUAUAGAGUAAGCAAAAUAGUGUAUAUACUGUACUACAUGAAGUAUAUUAUUUGCUUGUUUGCAAAGUGUAUUGGUCAUAGAUUGACUAAAUACUGUAAAAUGGCUGUUGGUUUGAUUUCCAGCCUUAUUCUUAUCUAUGCAUUAUGUAUGAGAUUACUGAAAUAUCAAAUUCAACUUACACACAAUUGAUGUUCAUAAAUAUUAAAUUUUUGUUAUGCAAAGGGAGUCACACUGAAAAUAGUUUUUUUCAAGGAAAUUUAUUAGCCUAUGCUGUAAAGAAAC